AAGAUACAUAUAAACAUAUAGACAGAAUGAAAAUAAAUUGCUUGCUCUGUUGUAUGUCGGAGAGACGAUUUACCAGACGAUCAUCAUCGAGACAAAGCAUCAAAGACUGCAUUGAUGCAAAGAACAAUAUAACUACAUUUGACAACAUCUCUUUUAAAACAGAUAGCAGUAGGCGAAGAUAUAUAUCCGAGGAGAUAGCAAAACUCGGGAAAGGGAACAUUAGUGCUCAUAUCUUUACAUUCAGAGAGCUCUGCGCCGCCACCAAGAACUUCAACCCCGAUAAUCAGCUCGGUGAAGGCGGAUUUGGAAGGGUUUACAAAGGGCACAUAGAGACCCCGGAGAAAGUUGUUGCGGUUAAGCAGCUAGACAGGAAUGGUUACCAAGGGAACAGAGAGUUUCUUGUGGAGGUCAUGAUGUUGAGUCUCUUACAUCAUCAAAACCUUGUCAAUUUGGUCGGAUACUGCGCAGACGGCGAUCAACGGAUUCUCGUCUACGAAUAUAUGCAAAAUGGUUCUUUAGAGGAUCAUCUUCUAGAAUUGACGCGGAACAAGAAGAAGCCGUUGGAUUGGGACACAAGAAUGAAAAUAGCAGCAGGAGCAGCGAGAGGGCUUGAGUAUCUACACGAAACAGCUGACCCUCCUGUGAUCUACAGAGAUUUCAAGGCCUCCAACAUAUUGCUUGACGAAGAAUUCAACCCAAAGCUUUCAGAUUUCGGUUUAGCUAAAGUUGGUCCGACCGGUGGAGAGACUCAUGUGUCAACGAGAGUGAUGGGAACAUACGGGUAUUGUGCGCCGGAGUAUGCUCUCACAGGACAGCUCACUGUGAAAUCCGAUGUGUACAGCUUCGGAGUCGUGUUCUUGGAGAUGAUCACAGGAAGAAGAGUCAUUGACACCACAAAAUCAACUGAAGAACAGAACUUAGUCACUUGGGCGAGUCCGCUGUUCAAAGAUAGGAGAAAGUUCACGUUAAUGGCGGAUCCGUUGCUUGAAGGAAAGUAUCCAAUAAAAGGAUUGUAUCAAGCGCUGGCAGUAGCAGCAAUGUGUCUUCAAGAGGAAGCAGCAACGAGACCAAUGAUGAGCGAUGUAGUCACUGCGCUCGAGUACUUAGCCAUGAAAACAGAAGAAGAUGGAGAAGAAGAAGACGAAAGAUCCAAACUUUGAGCCAUUUUUUUUUGGUUUUGUAAUUUUAAAAUGAUCGGUUUUUAGGAGAUUUGAGGACUUUUGGAAUUCACCCAAGACAAAGAAGAUUAAAUGAGAGAGUUUUCGAGUUCCCCUCGACCAUUUUUACGGAUUUGCAGAUUGUUCUAUUAAUUGAUGAGAUCUGUAUUUCACAAGGUUCAGACUUUCUUUACUCAUCCUUGUUAAGAAUUUUUUUUAAAAAAAAUCACAACUUUUUCGGAAAAAUGUCUUUU